AUAUCGAAUACGGCGGAUCCAACUGAGUCCAAUUCAACAACGCAACUCUGAUCCGAUGAGAAUUGAAAGACCUGCAACAAAGAGAAGAAAAACACAAAAACCAUUUUUGAUUAUAUUGCGGGCAAUGAUAUGAUGAUGAUCAUGAAUUCAUUUCCUUUUCGUUAGUUUUUGAUUAUGAGAACAAAUUAAAGAAAUCCCACUUGUGAAAUAUAAUCCAUUGUUCAGAAUGAGCAAAGAACCAGCGGAGGCGAAGCUAAACGAGGAACAAAUCGCGGAGCUGAAGGAAAUUUUCCAAUCAUUCGACAGAAACAACGACGGCAGCCUAACCCAGCUGGAGCUAGGCUCGCUCCUCCGAUCUCUGGGCCUAACCCCGAGCUCCGACGAGCUGGAGACGGUGAUCCAGAAGGCGGACACCAACAACAAUGGGCUGGUGGAGUUCCCGGAGUUCGUGGCCCUGGCGGCGCCGGAGCUUCUCAAUUCCGAGUCGUCGUCUCCCUACUCGGAGGACCAGCUGAAGCAGCUCUUUAAAUUCUUCGACAGCGACGGCGAUGGAUAUAUCACGGCGGCCGAGCUGGCUCACUCCAUGGCCAAGCUUGGCCACGCGUUGACGGAGGAAGAGCUGACGGAGAUGAUCACGGAAGCCGACACCGACGGCGACGGUAGGAUCAGCUUCCAGGAAUUCUCUCAGGCUAUCACUUUGGCUGCAUUUCAUAAUUCUUGGCCAUCCAUAGAUUAAUUAUAUUAUAUUUGUGCCUAACUUCUUUUUUUUUAAAAAAGAAAUUAAAACCUGAAAAUUAAAUUAUUUCCACAAUUAUAUAUAUGAUAAAAGUGAUAGUGCAUAUGCUAUAAACAUAUGCCAAUGAUCCAUUGUGGUCAGGUGGCAUGUAGUGAUUUCAGAUUGGGAUCAUGAAAUGGAAUCUCCCUAAAGGUCAUAUUGACUCUUUGUACUUCAACAGGUUGAGAAAAUAUUGAUGAACAGAUACUUAGAAUAUA